GUCCGCCCAACCUGAAAGCUGGCGCAUUUUCCCAGCCUCCAUCAUCAACCGCUCCGCUGAACCCAUCUUUUCUGGUGGCUUUGGUGAUGUUUACACUGCCACGUUGAAAAGCGCCUGCGUUGCCGUGAAGCAAUUCCGACGCAGCUUCCUGGAUAAUGAGAUUGCCGAGUUCCGCAAAGAGAUUGGGAUCUGGCAUCAACUGAGCCACAAGCACAUCCUCACACUCUGCGGCGCCUGCGACACUGCGGAGAAGCCCUUCAUUGUCUCCCCAUUCAUGAAAAACGGCACCCUCAAAUCGCACCUGGGUGGGUCCUCCCAUCGCUCCCUCAACGAGAAGCUUUGCUUGAUGAGCGAGGCGGCUUCAGGCAUGGCGUAUCUCCACAGCAAGAGCAUCAUCCACGCGAACCUGAAAUCCUCCAACGUCCUAAUUGGACCAAGCUUUGAAGCGCUGAUUUGUGACUUUGGCAUGUCCCGCAUCAAAGAAAUCUCGUCAUCGUCGACCUCUCGCACACCUGCCACACCCAUGGACGGAACGCUGAUGUACAAGGCCCCGGAGAUGUUCCAGGCUACCAAUCUGAAGCGUGCCUCCCCUGCCAUCGACGUCUACGCCUUUGCCAUUCUCUGCUGUGAGGCACUCAAGAAUUGUAGCGCCAUAUUCUUGGCCACACAGAAAAUUGAACGUGAUGUCCCCAAUGGCACGCGGCCCCGCCGGUUCGAUGGAGUGCCUGACCCACUGUGGGCACUGAUCACCGAAUGCUGGGACCAAGAUCCAACCAAACGCCCAGCCUUUGAAGUGGUAUCCUCUCGGGUGAGCGCCAUCAGAUAUGAAGCAGCCGCAGGAGAUCCGGAAGCGCAGUUCACCAUUGGAAAAUCGGUUUACUUUGACGCGAAGAGCUACCCCGAUGCCUUCGAGUGGUACACCAAAGCCGCCAAUCAAGGGCAUGCGCAAGCCCAGUACAUCCUCUCCGAAUGGUACCACUAUGGCUUCUUUGUUACCCAGGACGAUGCCAAAGCCGCAGAGUGGUGCAUCAAGGCCGCGAAGCAGGGACAUGCAAAAGCCCAGUACAAAGCCGGCGAGUACUGUGAGUAUAGCGUUGGUGUCACCAAAGACGAUGCCAAAGCCGCCGAGUGGUACAUCAUGGCCGCGGAGCAGAAAUAUGCAAAAGCUCAGUACAAAGCCGGCGAAUGUUACAAAAAAAGCAAAGGUGUUAUGAAGAAUAUCGAGACUGCUCGAUACUGGUACAGAAUGGCUGCUGACCAGGGCUAUGUGUCCGCCCAGUCCGCACUCGAUCAGCUCCCUGACAACCAAUGAUCCCGCAAUUUCCUCCCAUCCGAUCGACUUUUGGUGCUUUCACAAUGACGAUUACAUUCUCGGAUUAUUUUAUGCUACUCACACCCACGGGCACAACGAGACUAGUGCCUUUUGUUUAUGUAGCUCAUCCUUGUGUUUCAGUUUGAAACCAUCGGUGCCUGAUCGGUGUCUGGUCGGCGCAUGAUUGGCGCUCGCAGUUCGGGAUCUCAGGGUUGUUUGGAAAGCAGAACGACAGAUAAGAAGAUCGAUUUCUUUCGUCUUUUGACUGGACAAUUGUCUCGAUAUGGCGGGUGAUGUGGCUGCACUCGAGGUGCAUAGCUCCGAAGAUGUAUUCCUUAUGCCUCGGAA